CAUACUGCACGCACCCAUACUGUAAAGGAGAGGGGCCUAUGUAGUAUUGCUGUCUGUUACGUUUCCCGGUCGUAGCAGCGGAACGAGAACGGUGCUAAAAUGUCCAUAGUGGAAAACCAGAGUAUUAAGAGCUCAUUUACUCCGUUUCUGAAAUAGUCUGCUCAACGCAGCGUGCUUACGGAUGGUUGGUUAACGUUUCGCGUCUGAUAAAUUCUAAACUGCGUUGUUCGUUAAAUUCCUGACCAGGAGAUACUUACGACUAUCACCGGUAGCCAGGGAAACUGGUUGGAUUUGACACUUGUAUCGGCCCGGGACUGCCAUGGAAAAGACACCUACUUUAUUCGUCUGCGGCAAGGUGCAGGCAGACUGAUCCACUGGAAAGCACCUUUUCGGGAGGUAGACAAGGACAGAGCGGUGGUGCACGUCUCAGAGGCUUUGAGACCCAGGGCUUGCCGAGCUAGUGGGUUGCUGCCAAAAACCAACACGGAAAGAGCCUGAAACAGUUUACCUGGGUGGCAGCAUCACAUCUUCAGACCCAGGAAAAUGGCACGCCUGGGAGGCAGUCAAAACCAGAAAGCUGCAUGCUUGGGGGACAGUCACUUACAUUAAACAGCACAGCGGCAGGCCUGAAUGGUUUGGGGAACUUAAGAGGAGCGCGCUGCAUUAGGGGCUGAGAUGGACUAAUAAGGGAGCCUGGGUUGCAUCAUCGGCCAAUAAUAGCUCACCUCGAGGAAAGGGCUGUAAGAAGAACAGUAAGACCCAGCAGAGCGCCGUGAUCAGAACAAUCCACAGUAUCUUUGAUGAAGGGCCAGGAGUUGAUCUACACUGCCAUGCUGGCAAAGACCUUACCUCCAGUCUCACCUCUUGCCCGCUCACCAACGGUCGUCAACGGGGGGACCAGAUUUAGCACAUCACGUGUUAGACUCUAGAACUGGGGGUGGGCUUGCCCCACCGAUGUUCCACACAACCAUCUCCGGGGAACGUGUCACUGCUGCCAUCCAUCGAUGGCCGUCGUUUGACGGGGAAAAUUGCGAAUGCUGAGCAGGCUAGUGAGGUUGGGGCCCGCCCUCAGUCUCCGCUCUUUGGCUACUGGAUGGAAUUGAGGUGAAUGGAGCCCAUUUCCAACGUCGAGGACCCCAACUCAUCAGAGGGAGAUGUGAAACGCUGGCCCAAUGGACCAAAAAGGAAGAGAAAGAACAGCACAUGUUCAUUGAAGAGCAUGUCUGCACUGAGCCUCUCUGUCCCAGGAUACAUCCCCAGCUACUUGGAGAAGGAUGAGCCAUGUGUGGUAUGUGGAGACAAGGCCACCGGCUACCAUUACCGCUGCAUCACAUGCGAGGGCUGCAAGGGUUUCUUCAGGCGAACUAUCCAAAAGAACCUUCACCCGGCUUACUCCUGUAAGUACGAUGGCUGCUGCAUCAUCGACAAGAUCACAAGGAACCAGUGCCAACUGUGUCGCUUCAGGAAGUGCAUCGCAGUUGGCAUGGCUAUGGACCUGGUGCUGGACGACUCUAAGCGGGUAGCCAAGCGUCGUCUGAUUGAGGAGAACCGGGAGAAGAGGAAGAAGGACGAGAUCGUGAAGACUCUACAUACACGUCCGGAGCCCGACAGCUCGGAGUGGGAGCUGAUCCGCCAUGUGACAGAGGCCCACCACCACACCAACGCGCAGGGCUCCCACUGGAAACAGAAACGCAAGUUCCUGCCUGAGGACAUAGGUCAGUCCCCCGGGGCUCCCACCCCAGAUGGAGACAAGGUAGACCUGGAGGCCUUCAGCGAGUUCACCAAGAUCAUCACCCCCGCCAUCACACGCGUCGUCGACUUUGCCAAAAAACUAACCAUGUUCUCAGAGCUGCCUUGUGAGGACCAGAUCAUCCUAUUGAAAGGUUGCUGUAUGGAGAUCAUGUCGCUUCGUGCCGCCGUGCGCUACGACCCAGAGAGUGAGACGCUUACCCUGAGCGGCGAGAUGGCGGUGAAGAGGGAGCAGCUGAAGAAUGGCGGGCUGGGCGUGGUGUCGGACGCCAUCUUUGAUUUGGGCAAGAGUCUGGCGCAGUUUAACCUGGACGACUCGGAGGUGGCCCUUCUGCAGGCUGUGCUCCUCAUGAGCUCAGAUCGCUCUGGCCUGACAUCGGUAGAUAAGAUCGAGAAGUGCCAGGAGACAUACCUGCUUGCCUUCGAACACUACAUCAACCACCGCAAGCACAACAUUCCCCACUUCUGGCCCAAGCUGCUGAUGAAGGUGACGGACCUGAGGAUGAUCGGGGCAUGCCACGCCAGCCGCUUCCUCCACAUGAAGGUGGAGUGUCCCAACGAACUCUUCCCUCCGCUCUUCCUGGAGGUCUUCGAGGACCAGGAAGUAUGAACUGACCCCUGACUUUUGACCUGGAAGAGAUAGAAGAGAGAGGGGGGAAUUAUGAGGGGGAAAGAAAGGGAGUAACAAUUGGCCUCUUUCCUCAUUUUGUGAAACACAAUAUCACCACCAGCAACACGGAUAGUCACCAAGAACAAAGUCACAGAGAAAAACAAAAAGGCUUUCUUUUGCAUAGCCGUUUUGAUGAUUUGCACUUGGGGCUCUUGUGGCUGCUGGGCCCCACUUUGAGUUGGGGGGUGGGGCCCCCCUCUAAAGUGGGGUUCUCUGGCUGUGGGGCCUCUCUCUGAGUUGGGGUUCUCUGGCUGCGGGCCCCCCUCCCCUCUCUGAGUUGAUGGUCUAUGGCUGCGCUGUGCGUCUCUAUCUAACAGAGAAGCUAACAGCCCUGAGCGGUGUUCUGCUCCAGUGUUGUUAUACACCUGGUGCACAUGUAUGCAAACCCAAACCCACGAGGUCUGGUUGGAGUACUGGUACUGAUGGAGCUCUGUGUUAGUGGAAGGCAAUCACUCUGAGAGGCAGAUGGUUGACACAAACAUACACACUUACAUUCACAAUCACACACUUUUACAAAACCUCACACAUACAGCCACUGAUGUACAUCUACAUUCACCUAACACACACACACUACUAUAGACAAACAUAUUCAUACAGUACAUGGACUGAUAUAGCUUUUCAGAGCUGCCCAUCACGCGAGGAGGGCAGAUAGCUACUUUAUUUUGUCCCACAAUCGAGCUUCCAUCAGGGGGCUCCACCCUCCAACCAGCUCCCCUCUUCACCAGCCUCCUCACCAGCCUCCACUGGGACAGUUACCAAGUGUACCCCCGCACUUUUCUCUUUUGGACUCUUCCCUUCCACCCCUGGUGUGCAGAGUUACACAUAUACCUCCCUUUAUGACAAUGCAAACACACAUACCUAUUUAUGAAUACAAACAAUAUCCAAUUUGUUGUGCAAUGGUGCAAGAGUACCUGCAUUUAUAUACGCAACCCUUUACCCUCACACAUACAAGUCCUGUAUACCUAUCUUACUGCAUGUAUAUACAGUACACCGGUCUAACUGCAUGCACAUGUAUCUCUGUACCUGCAUAAUACCCACUGGUUUACCUCCAUAUACUUCUCAUCAGAUUACAUACCUCUCUUAACCCGUAUGCAUAUAUAUAUUUUGCUGAAUAUACAUAUACAGUUAACAUAACUGUCUACCUGUGUAUAUGUGUACCUCUCCUAUACAUACCUCUCUGUGUGUACACACACAAAACAAUACUGUUCUUUUACCUCAUAUGACGGUUGAUCCUCACCUAGGCUGUGUCAUUCCACCCAUCCCAAACCUCCACUACAUCUCCCGUUUGGGCUGCACUGCACUUCCUAGUUGCAGACUGUGUGUGUCUCCUCCAUGUUGCCCUGCCCAUCACACAGGACUCCCGCCCCCUCUGAUGUGGGAUUGGUUGAG